UUUCCGCGACCCGUCGCAGAGCUCCUUCCGCGACAUUGAGGACCAUCGGACGUACAGGAGUUUCUGAAGUUUUGCGAUGGCGUUGCGGUUAUUUCGGCUGGUUGUGCCCAGCGGUGCAGCAGCUUUGAAAACAGGAUCGCAUGUGCCGACGGUUCAAAUCCACAGCACUGCUGUGAGUAACCUGCGGUAUGGAUGGUGGGCUUAUGCCCUGGGUGAGAGAACAUCCUCCCGCUUCAAAGAAAACAGCAAGAUCAUUUCCAUUGAUGGCAACUUGGCAUCAGGAAAAGGAGCACUUGCACAGAAAUUGGCUGAUAAACUUGGGAUGCUGUAUAUGCCAGAGCCAGACACAAACUAUGCAGAUAAAUUGACAAAGGAGAAAGUUCCUCUGGAUAAAGUCUUUAAUGGUAACUGCAGUCUGGAGAGGUUCUACUUGGAGCCCAAAGCAACUGAUGGGAACUCUUAUCGCCUGCAGUGUUGGAUGUACCUGAUGAGGCUGCUGCAGUACUCUGAUGCUAUUGAACACCUGCUGUCAACAGGACAGGGAGUUAUCCUGGAGCGAUCCCCAUUCAGUGACAUGGUGUUUGUGGAGGCCAUGCUUAAAGAAGGCUUCAUUCGCAAGCAGUGUGUGGAGCAUUAUAAUGAGGUUAAAGGUGUCAGUCUCUGUGAGUUUGUGCCACCUCAUCUGGUCAUCUAUGUGGACUCGCCUGCAGAAGAGGUUCAGAAGAAUCUUAAGUCAUCAGGAAAGUCAUACCUCCAGAAUGUUCCUUUAAGCUACCUGAAGAACAUUGAGGCAUCGUACAAAAAGACCUUUCUUCCAAAGAUCAGGGAAGAGGCAGAGGUUCUCGCUUAUGACACAACCCAAGUCCAGGACAUCGAAAGGAUCGUGGAGGAUAUUGAAUACCUCAAGUUUGAGAAAGGCCCUUGGCUGGAGCAAGAUGAUGUCACGUACCAUCAUAUGCGAAUGAUGGUGGAAGACAAGCAACGAGUGGCCAAUAUGACCUGCAUCCCUAGAUAUCUCCCAGAAAUCACAGUUGGUGCUCAUGAGUUUGAUUCCACCUUCUUUGCUUUCAAAUCGCUCCCUGGAAAGAAAUACGCUGAAGGUUAUAAUGAAGACGUCGGGGACAAAGGCAUCUGGCUCAAGUGAGAAAUCCUAGCUUGGCCGAAGGGAAGGACAUUUGAAUGAGAGACUGAUUCAAGUCUAUGUCCUGUGGAGAAGAUCUAUGUUCUGCUAUUCCUCACCUGAAGAUUUCAUUGUACAUUGUUAAUAAAAAAAUCUGUUUAUGUUGAA